CAGGAACACUUGGAACAGCUGGCGAGCAAGUUCGCGCGAAAGGCGAAACUGCGCGAAUGCUGGCUCAGCGAAAUGAUGGCUGUUCUUCAGGACUUCGACUUCGGAAAAACCGCCGCCCAGGUCGAAGCUAGCGUCAAAAAGCACGAAACCAUAUCUGCCGACGUUCUUCCUAGG